AUGGUGAUGCCGCGAGUGGCCACUGGCUUCAUCUCCUUCCUCUCGCUGCAGGUCUUCAGGACCUUGGCAUACUCGAUGAUCCCGAAGCAGACAUCCUCGCUUCUUUGGAUGGACGUCACGAUGUUCUGCGUCACAGUGAUCAUGUUUGCCAGCGUCCUGGAGAAUGUCCUUGCGCAGGCUAUGCGUGCCACGGUGUCGACCUACUCGGCUCGCUUCGUGGAUGACGUCUCCCGGGUCAGCUUCCCGCUUGUAGGUGUCGUGGUGCUCACGGUGCUUUUCGUCAUGGGGGCUGCGAACAUCGACACAACGUGGAUCAUGAUCGUCGCUCUCUGCAUCACGUGUGGUUGGCUGGUGGCAUUCGGGGCUGCCGUGUUUCUCUAUGUGCGAUACCUCCCUCACCGGCUGAUGAGCAUCCUGAUCCGGCAGAUCUCGUCCUCAGACUUCCGAUACCAGAAGGCCAUGGUUCUUGACCAGAAAGAGCUCGCGUUGAUCUUUCGCACCUUCGACGACGACGGCACAGGUGACCUCAGUGCCGAAGAGGUCAUCGAGAGCUUCGAGGCCCGAGGCCUUCGCUUCAAGGACUCCAUGGAGCACAACCCGGCGGCGGAUUUAGGGGGCACUUCAUUUGCAGCCCCACUGCCAAGUUGA